GGCCUCUCACAAAUUCAAUCAAGCCUCCCCCAACAGGCUUCUUCUCAAUUUCUCUCCACCUCUCACAAACCAAACUAAAAUUUCCGUUGUGAUUCUUAAACUGUUACUAGCAAGCCAAUGGAUCAAGACUUUGAUCGGGUCAAGGGGCCAUGGAGUCCCGAGGAGGAUGAGUCGUUGCGCAAGCUGGUGCAACGGGUCGGUCCUAGAAACUGGUCAUUGAUAUCGAGGUCGAUCCCUGGUCGAUCGGGGAAGUCAUGCAGACUCCGGUGGUGCAACCAGUUGUCACCCGAAGUCGAGCAUCGCGCCUUCACUCCGGAGGAAGACGGAAUCAUCAUCGAAGCCCACGCCAAGUACGGCAACAAGUGGGCUACCAUCGCGAGGCUCCUCAACGGCCGGACGGACAACGCCGUUAAAAACCACUGGAACUCAACCUUAAAGCGAAAACGCUCAAUGGAAAAUGGGGAUACUCUUCAAGAAUCAGAGAAAAGGUCGGCUAAAUCCCCUAGAUCAACCAUUAGUAAUAACCCGGGGAGUCCUUCGGGUUCUGAUGUUAGCGAUUUAGGAUUGAGCUUUGCGGAGUCGACGCAACACUCUGGUGUUUCAACUAAGCUCACUCUUGGACGUUCUUGGAACGAAUCUAGCGAGUUGAAUAACGAUAACUUCUCUAAGGAGAAAGAGCCUUUAGCAGAAAAGCAUGAGAGUGGGACAAAGAUGGCGAUGCUUGGACCGGACCUUUUGGCUGCGAUGAAAGAGAUGAUUAGAAAAGAAGUGAGAGACUACAUGUCUGAGUUUGGUUUCCAGAGUGAAGGAGUUAGGAAUGCUGGGGUUAAGAGGAUUGGGAUUAACAUGAAUAUUGAAUGAUGGGUUAAACUGGAAUUAGUGAUUAUUAAAUUAAAUCUUUGAUUAAGCUGGAGAGAUUAGAUCAUCUAGACGCCUAGGAUUUCAUGAAAAGAUAGGAAAGAGGACCAGAAAGGGAAAACAAAAUUCCUUUGUUUUCUAAAUAGAAUAAUUUUGAUGAUGAACAAAGAUAAAUGAAAAAAAAAAGCAAAAUCAGGAAUUGUGGUUUUUUUUGUCAGGUGAAUUGGCUUCAACUUUGCUGCCAAAAAAGAUAAAGAAAAACAUUAUUCAAUGGUUAUUUCUGAACUGUUUACUCUUUGUUUUUCAAAAUAGUCGAUUUCUUUUUCUCUCUGUUUCUUUACCCUUUUUUGAAUGGAAUUGUGGAAGAUGGAGAGGAACCGAAUUACAUUAUGCCGUACGGGGUACGGUCAGUAUCAAUAAUGUACGAUAUAUUUUCGA